CCAAGUAGAACUUUAAAUUGCGCAAUAUGCCUUAGGGCUUUGCGGUACGUCUCUUACAAAAAUGUUUACAUAUUCUUUGUUCAUCAUUUUGUUUCCUGAAAUAUCAAAGUACAUCACGAUUCGCGACCAAAAAACGUCGAAUUCAGCGACUCUCGAAAACCGUGGCGAUUUAGCUUGGUUGACCUUUAACCUUUCAUAUUGUGCUACAUCAUCGCUGACCAAUCAGCUGGCGGGAAUCCCGGGUGCGCGGCGGGGCCGACCAAUCAGCGCGCGGCAAAUUUAUCAUCCUUGUUUUGCCAAGACGUCCACUUCCUCCGCCCCCGUCUUGGGGUUUCAAAACAAAAACAGACGAAGGAGUGAAGGUGGGAGGUGUACCUGAACUUGAGGGAAGUUUAGGGGAACACCUGAGGGCCCCACACGAUGCCACACCGAGGAGAGAGGGGCCGGAAUCGCUCGGGAAACGCGGGCGGGGAGGGGGACCGAGCGGGUCAGGACAACAACAACCACGAGUUCUGGUGCUGUGUCCCAGGGUCCUCGGGAUGCCAGCUAGGCAGUCCCGUAAGUCUUGCGAAUCCUGAAGACGUCGUGAAGGUGGUGUGCAACCACGACGGCUGUCCCGAGGGGCCCUACAUGCACAAGCAGUGCUUCGAGGAGUGGGAGGAGACCGUGCUGACGUUCCUUCGUUCCUCGGGGAGGGCGCGAAGCUGGUCCGAGAAGCAGCGUCGUCAGAACCUGUGGACCAAGAAGGGGUACGACUUGGCCUACCGUGCUUGCGCCUGCAAGUGCGGCAAGGGCCACCUCCGCAAGGACCUCAACUGGAUCCCCGUCAAACCCACGGCCGAGCGAGCCGUCGUGGACAACGAGCCAGCAGCGCACGAGAAAACAGAAGAAGAAGAAAAAGAACGACAAACCAGAUCUUGGGAAGGGUCCCCUGAGCCAACCCCCCUCCGCGCCUGUGAAAGGUCGCCACCGCCAGGCCUCUUCCUCCUGCACCCUCUCCGACACCAGCCUGGUAGUACCCCCCCUAACGCCGCCAUGGACUACGCCCCCUCCCCCUCCCCGCCUUGGGAGAGUACCCCCUCCCCACGCCGAAGUCGCACCGAGUCACAAUCCUCGGACAACAAUAGUGGCAACUACUACUACAACGCCUCCAUGUUCACCAAGAGGCUCGACCUGUCCCUCUUAUACAGCGUCUUGCCUCCGGACAAGCUGAACCCCAUCCACAUCAAGAUGGAGGACGAAGGCCACGCGGACGACACGCGCCAGUUUGUCCUGUCCAACCUGACCGCGUACCGCGUCAGCACCAUCCCCUGCGUCCUGUGCAACACCCAGCUGCCCGUGUUCGACCGCUACCCGCUCGUGGACGGGACCCUGUUCCUCACCCCGCAGGACUACAACGCGCAGAGUAUACGAGUGUUCGUUGGCGGACGCUGGCUGUACCUCUCUGCGGUCUGCGUGCACUGCCUCAUGGGUAUACAGACCUGCGUGGUGUGCAAGAACUGCAAUGCACGCUGGGACGGCAGCUCGCACCAGCUGGGCACGAUGUACACCUACGAUAUACUCGCCGCCAACCCGUGCUGCCCGCACCGCGUGAGUUGUAAGGCCUGCGGGAAGCCGGUACGCGACCCGAGCGAGGGCACGCACUUCUACUCGGAAUACUCGACGUCCGUUCAAUGUCCGCACUGCGGGGUCCCGGACUACCACUUUAUAAAACCCCUCAGCACCUUCAAGCAAGUGUCGGACGGUCUAGCCUGUUAAUGUAAGCUCUUACUUAGUACAUGGACACUAACUGCAGUAUACGCAGAUUAGCCUUAGCCUUAGUAUGCUUAAGGAGUCUGGGGUCCGGGCUGUGGUGUGUUCUGGACAGUGGUCUCUAGUUGGGAAUUCAGGGCUGGAAAUGUCUUCUGAACAUGCAGUGUCUUACAGCUAGUAAAUUCUUAGCUGUGGACAUUGUUCCAACUUUUACCUGGUUGUCAGUGAUACACUGAAUUUUACCACCUCUAAAAACUUGAAGAAAGAAUUAAGUGUAAGAAAUGUUCACAAGUAGCCUAGGUAUUAUCCUCCAUUGUAACUGCUGGCUAAGUCUUUUCGCUUGCUAACGACAAACAUUAGCAAGCAAAAAGAUUGAGCCACUGGUUUACUCAGAGGAUGGUACCCAGGCUAGUUUACAAGCUUGUCCAUGGAACUGAGUUGUUUUGAUUGAGCUCUAGUCUACCCUGAGGCAUACCCAUAUGUUUUCUAAGAUGUAGAAUAAUUAUUGGGCUGUUUUCAGGGUGUUACUGUCCUUGCAAAUAAGGUCGACAGCUUACAGUGUUCUUCCUGAAGGACAGUGACCUCGCAUUUAAAGGUCACCGGAACCUAGGCAGGGUCAAGGUGAACCUGUGCAUUAUUUUGUUGACCUUCACAACAAUUUAAAGAGGUGCUGACAUGCAGUUUAGGAACUUGCAGCAAAAAUAAUUUCGAGACCUCCUUCAUAAGGCAAGUUCCAGUACAAACUGGCAGAGGAAUUACGAUUUUAAAGGCAUGGAAACACUGACUAAUUGCAUUGUACAAAAGCCUUUAGGUUAAGGCUUGAAGUUGACCACUGUCCAGGCACCGCUGUCCGUGAUCAGCUAAUUUUGCUUCACGCUGGUGGAAAUUAUUUCUUAAUGUUAAGCCAGAGCUUCUGUGUUUUGUGUGUUUGUUAUGAAGAACCCAGAAGGAACCUGGUAUUAAGAUGUGGCCAGGAUGUCAUCUCUCUGUUGUGCGCAAACUUCACACGAGAACCAUGCAAUGGCUUUCAGCAGGCAUAUGCAGUCAAAACUGCUCAAGAAGACACACACAAAAAAAAGAAAAUGUGGUCACUAUAGACACGUAUCAUAAUGCUUGUGUCCUUGGCAAAAACUAAAGAGACCGCCAGAAAAAGUGAUCACAUUGGCCAGGUGGUCCUUAUAGACAGGUUUCUUAAUGCUUGUCUCAUUGGGAAA